AUGCUGCAAGACAAGCGUCCGAGCCCGCGCUCCUUCCUCACUCCUCCUCCGACGUCGUCCUCAGCGGCCAAGCGGCUGAAGCCCGACGCCGCCCUGAGCAGGGACAGGAAAGACAAGCAGCUGGGAGAGAAGAUCGUGGCUCUGCAGCAGUUGGUCUCUCCCUACGGCAAGACCGACACGGCGUCGGUUCUCCAGGAAGCCAUGGACUACAUCUCCUUCCUUCACGACCAGCUUAAGGUGCUAAGCGCUCCCUAUCUCCUCUCCGCCGCCUCCGCCGCCGCCGGUCCGGGUCUGCGAGGCAGAGGGCUCUGUCUUGUUCCGGUGGCCGCCACGGCUGCUAUUGAUCGCACCAAUGGGGCGGACCUCUGGGCUCCCACCAAGACGGCGCCGUCUGCUUCUCCCAGGAUCGAGAAGCUACCGCAGCAGCAGCCGCCUAUUUCAGCCUAUCAUUUUUUAGGCCGAUAG